AUGGGAAGCACCGUCGUGCUCUACACAUGGAUGGUCAGGGGUCACCUCCACCCCAUGACGCAGCUCGCGAAUCACCUCGCCGGACAUGGCGCUCCCGUCACCGUCGCCGUCGCCGAUGUUCCGUCCACAGGUGACUCCUCACAAACUAUUGCCCGCCUCUCUGCCUCCUACCCUGCUGUAUGCUUCCACCUGCUCCCGCCGGCAACAACCCGCUCCGAGGACGCGGCCGAUCCCAACGCCGACCCUUUCAUCACCCUCAUCGCCGACAUCCGCGCCACCAACGCCGCCCUCCUCGCCUUUCUGAGGUCUCUCCCGUCUGUGAAGGCUCUCAUCACCGACUUUUUCUGCGCGUACGGGCUUGACGCAGCCGCAGAGCUCGGUGUCCCAGCCUACGUGUUCUUCACCCUUUGCGUGUCGGCUCUUGCCACCUUCCUGCAUAUCCCCGUCAUGCGCUCCGCCGUCUCCUUCGGGGAGAUGGGGCGCUCCUUGCUGCACUUCCCUGGAGUUCACCCAAUUCCGGCGUCCGACUUGCCGGAGGUCCUGCUCGAUCGUGACAACAGGCAGUACAGUACCACUCUUGGUCUCUUCAAGCAGCUUCCCAGAGCGAAGGGCAUUCUGUCGAACACGUUCGAGUGGCUGGAGCCCCGCGCCGUGAAGGCGAUAAAGGAGGGAAUUCCCCGCCCCGGCGAGUCACUGCCGAAACUGUUCUGCGUCGGCCCAUUGGUCGGCGAGGAGAGAGGGAGCAACGCGAAUCACGAAUGCCUUGUGUGGCUGGACAAGCAGCCGGCGGGGAGCGUGGUGUUCGUCUGCUUCGGGAGCGCGAGCUCGGUGCCGGCGGAGCAGCUAAAUGAGAUAGCCGUGGGGCUGGAGAAGAGCGGUCACGCGUUCCUCUGGGCCGUGCGCGCGCCUGUCGCGCCGGAAGCCGACUCGACGAAGCGGUUCGAGGGGCGGGGUGACGCGGCGGUGGAUGCGCUGCUGCCGGAUGGAUUCUUGGACAGAACACGGGGACGCGGAAUGGUGCUGUCGUCCUGGGCGCCGCAGGUGGAGGUGCUCCGGCACCCGGCGACUGGAGCGUUUGUGACGCACUGCGGGUGGAACUCCACGCUGGAGGCGGUCAUGGCGGGGGUGCCGAUGCUGUGCUGGCCGAUGUACGCGGAGCAGAGGAUGAACAAGGUGUUCGUCGUGGAGGAGAUGAAACUUGGGGUGGCCUUGAACGGCUACGACGAGGCGAUGGUGAAAGCGGAGGAGGUAGAGGCGAAGGUGAGACUGGUCAUGGAGUCCGAGCAAGGGAACGAGAUCAGGCAGAGGAUGACGAAGGCGCAAGAGAUUGCUGCCAAUGCACUGGAGAUCGGUGGAUCCUCGGCGGCAGCAAUCAUUGACUUGCUGGAUAGUCUGAAGAUUUCGACAAACGACUGA